UUAAUUGCAAAGAAAUCAUUAGAAAAACUGUUUCGGAAUAGAGAAGAUCUCGUUUAAGAAUUCAUAAAUAUUUCGAAUAAUAAUUGUAAUAAAAAUGAGUGCCAAGUGUAACAUCGUCGUAGUGUCAUUCUUGAGUUUGUUGUCAUUUAUUUCGGCAGACGUUAAUAUAGUAACACGUCAGGAAUGGGAGGCCAAAGAACCGUCGAAUGCAUUAACACCUCUUGAAUUACCAGUGGGUCGAGUAAUUAUUGCCCACACAGCGGGAAAUGAUUGUAGUACACAAGUUUCAUGUUCCCGGCAAGUGCGCAUCAUUCAACAUUAUCACAUGUCCAAAUAUCAUAUAGAUGAUAUUGCUUAUAAUUAUCUAAUUGGAAACGAUGGAAAUGUAUAUGAAGGACGUGGUUGGAAUUAUCAAGGUGCUUUAGUUAAGGGUUAUAAUGUUGGUUCAUUUGGUAUUGUCUUUAUGGGAAAUUUUAUCAAGGAGUUACCCAAUGAAAAGGCAUUAACAGCCGCUAAAGCUUUAUUGGAAAAACUGGUAAAUUUGCAAAAGCUUAAGGAGAACUAUAAAAUUUUUGGGCAUAGUCAACUUAUGCCUACAAUUAGUCCCGGUGAUGCUCUUUUAGCUGAAAUCAAAAAAUGGCCCAAAUGGUCAGAUCAAAUUUAAAAUUAAUAAAAUACGUUUAAUUUCAUUGUCAUUUAAUUUUAAGUUAACAAUCAUAAAUAAAAUAAAAACAAUUAUCUAAAUUUGAAA